AUGGCCUUCGAACCGUCCAGCGGCUACGUCGCGUCCAGCAGCCUGCACGACCUCACCGACGCCUCGCUGCCCAUCUUCAACGUCGAGCUCGUCAAUCUCAAAUUCGACCGGCCCUCCGACUUUGUCGCCGCCCAGGUUGCCAACAAUGUGCUGAUCCUGGCUUUCGAGACCGGCCGCAUCCUCCGCUUCGACCUCGACAGCCCCGAGGACAUCGACGAUGUUGACCUUCCCAAAAGACCAUCCGAGAUCGGUGUCAUCCGCCGCAUGUUCCUUGACCCUACCGCUUCCCACCUGAUCAUCACCACCACUCUCGCCGAGAACUACUACCUGCACACCCAGAGCCGCCAGCCCAAGGCCUUGUCCAGGUUGAAGGGGGUCCCCAUCGAAAGCGUUUCGUGGAAUCCCUCCGAGCCCACCGCCUCCACCCGCGAGAUCCUCAUCGGCGGCUCCGACGGCACCGUGUACGAAGUCUACAUCGAGCCCUCCGCCGAAUUCUACCGCCGCGAGGAGAGAUACCUGAAGGCCGUCUACAAGGCCGAUGCGCCCGUUGUUGGGCUAUGGGUUGAUGCCAUUCCGGGGAGGCCCGACGUGCGGAGGGUUCUGGUUGCCACGCCGACCGAUAUGCAGCACUUUGUGGGAAAGGUUGGACGGCACGGCCGAGAGGGCAGCGGCUCUAUUUAUGCUCGACUUUUUGAGUCGGAGGUGCCCACUCCAUACGAGCUCAACGGCGGCUCUCGUCCCAGCCCGGCAAUGCUUGUUGUGUCUCCGGAUACGCAGGAAGUCGCCGCGUCCACUGCCACCGAGAACGAACGAGCUUUCGCAUGGCUGAACUCCCACGGCGUGGUGCAUGGAAAGCUUCUGACCAACGCUGACUCCGCGAACCUGGGGAACAUGGUCAUCCAAGGAUCCAAGAUGUUUCCCAGGUCCAGGAUCCCGCCAUCCCAAACAGCUGGCGGCCGUCCGAGGGCAAUGCAAGAUCCUGCAAGCUCGAUGAUCCUAAGUCAUUGGCAUAUCAUCCAGCUGGUAGAGGGACGCGUUGUCUGCUCCAACAGACUCAACGACAAUAUCGUCUAUGAUCAGGUUGUUCUCGAGCCAGGUGAAACCGCGCUGAAUCUGGUCGCUGAUCAGAAAAAGAGCACUUUCUGGUUGUUCACCAAGCAGGAAGUCUUCGAGAUCAGCGCGUACGAUGAAAGUCGGGAUGUAUGGAAGAUUCUCUUGAACCAGCAACAGUUCGAUGCUGCUUCCCAGUUCGCGACAACGCCGUCUCAGAAGGAUGCUGUGGCCACCGCUUCCGGCGAUUUUCUUGUCAAGAAAGGCCAGUUCCUGGAGGCUGCAAGUGUCUAUGGCCGGAGCACUAAGCCGUUUGAGCAAGUCGCUCUGACAUUCAUCGACCAUGGCGAGCAGGAUGCAUUGCGCAAGUACUUGAUGACCAAACUUUCUACCAUCAAGAAAUCCGCAACCAUGCAACGUAUCCUCCUCGCCACCUGGCUGGUCGAGAUUUACAUUUCCAAGCUCAACGCGCUGGAUGAUACCAUUGGCACCAAGGCCGAGCUAUCCGAGGGUAUGAAUGCCCGAGAUACUGAGGAUCAAUUGUCAGUCAUCCGGAGGGAGUUUCAGGAGUUUGUUUCGAAACACAAGUCCGACCUUGACAGGAAGACUGUGUAUGAAAUAAUCAGUAGCCACGGAAGGGAGGAAGAAUUGCUUUACUUUGCCACUGUCGUCAACGACUACAAUUACGUCCUCGCUUACUGGGUCCAAAGGGAACGCUGGGUCGAGUCUUUGGAUGUGCUGAAGAAACAGACGGACCCCGAAAUCUUCUACAAAUAUAGCUCUGUCCUGAUGGGGAACGUGUCAGUCCAGUUUGUUGAGAUUCUUAUGCGGCAGGUAAAUUUGGAUGCUAGGAAGCUGAUACCUGCCCUUCUCAACUACAAUAAGAUGGUGCAGGGCCCGUUGUCUCAGAACCAAGCCGUCCGUUACCUUCUAUUCGAGAUCAAUCAACACCACUCCGCAGAUGCCGCCGUGCACAACACGUUGAUCUCGAUUUACGCAUCCCACCCCUCGAGAGAUGAAUCCGCACUACUUCAGUACCUCGAGGCUCAGUCGUAUGCGCAGGAGCAGAACUACGACGCCGAUUUCGCCCUUCGCCUCUGCAUUCAGCACAAGCGUGUUCAAAGCUGCGUUCACAUCUACAGCUCCAUGUCGCAAUACGUCCAGGCCGUCGAGCUUGCGUUGAAGUACGACGAGAUUGACCUCGCCAGCUCCGUCGCCGACCGGCCUGAAUCCAACCCGGCGCUGCGCAAGAAGCUCUGGCUGGCGGUGGCGAAGAAGGUGAUAUCGAAAAGCACAGGUAUCAAGCCGGCGAUCGAGUUCCUGCGGCGGUCGGACCUGCUGCGUAUCGAGGACUUGAUCCCGUUCUUUCCGGACUUUGUCGUCAUUGACGAUUUCAAGGAGGAGAUAUGUGCAGCCCUGGAGGAGUACAGCCGGCAGAUCGACUCGCUGAAGCGCGAGAUGGACGAGAGCACGCAGACGGCGGAGCAUAUCAAGCGCGACAUCAAGCAGCUCGAGUCACGUUAUGCCAUCGUCGAACCGGGCGAGAAGUGCUACAUCUGCCGCCUGCCGCUACUGGCAAGGCAGUUCUUUGUUUUCCCCUGCCAGCACGCGUUCCAUUCCGAGUGCUUGGGCAAGCGCGUCGUCGAGCAGUCGGGCAGGAGUAAGGCAAACAGGAUUGGCAAGUUGCAGACGGAGGUGACGAAGGGUUUGAGCACCGGCGCGAGUAGAGAGAGGGCGGCGAGGGAAUUGGACGAGUUGGUGGCGGCGGCUUGCAUUCUAUGCAGCGAACUGGCUGUCAAGCAGAUCGACGAGCCGUUUGUACCGGUCAACGAGCCUAAUGAGUGGGCGUUGUGA